GCAGUUGUCGGUGUUCCAGCUGGUGGGAGUUGGCUUCACGGUGCCGGGCGCUGGGCCCCUAGCGUGUGUAGCUGGGGAGUUGGGCUGCGGGGUCGCCCCUGUUCCUCCUGCUUCCGGCGUUUCCCGGGUCUCCGUCCGCGGCGUGGGGCCUCGCCAAGGACUCGCCGGCCCCGAGGGGCCGCGGAUCGAGGGGUGACUUUUUGCGAGUUCUCAUAAGUACAUCUUAAAGCCUUCAAGAUGGUUCUAGCAGAUCUUGGAAGAAAAAUAACGUCAGCAUUACGCUCAUUGAGCAAUGCCACCAUUAUCAAUGAAGAGGUAUUAAAUGCUAUGCUAAAAGAAGUAUGUACAGCAUUAUUGGAAGCAGAUGUUAACAUUAAACUAGUGAAGCAACUGAGAGAAAAUGUUAAGUCUGCAAUUGAUCUUGAAGAGAUGGCAUCUGGUCUGAACAAAAGAAAAAUGAUUCAGCAUGCUGUAUUUAAAGAACUUGUAAAGCUUGUAGACCCUGGAGUUAAAGCAUGGACCCCGACUAAAGGAAAACAGAAUGUGAUCAUGUUCGUUGGCUUGCAAGGGAGCGGUAAGACGACUACAUGUUCAAAGUUAGCAUAUUAUUAUCAGAGAAAAGGUUGGAAGACCUGUUUGAUAUGUGCAGACACAUUCAGAGCAGGAGCUUUUGACCAGCUAAAACAGAACGCCACAAAAGCAAGAAUUCCAUUCUAUGGAAGCUACACAGAAAUGGAUCCUGUCAUCAUUGCAUCUGAGGGAGUGGAGAAGUUCAAAAAUGAACAUUUUGAAAUCAUUAUUGUUGAUACAAGUGGUCGGCACAAACAAGAAGAUUCUUUGUUUGAAGAAAUGCUUCAAGUUUCUAAUGCUAUACAACCGGAUAACAUUGUUUAUGUGAUGGAUGCAUCCAUUGGACAGGCUUGUGAGGCCCAGGCGAAGGCUUUUAAAGAUAAAGUAGAUGUAGCUUCAGUAAUAGUGACAAAACUUGAUGGUCACGCAAAAGGAGGCGGUGCUCUGAGUGCAGUUGCUGCCACAAAAAGUCCAAUUAUUUUCAUUGGUACAGGGGAACAUAUAGAUGACUUUGAACCUUUCAAAACACAACCUUUUAUCAGCAAACUUCUUGGUAUGGGUGACAUUGAAGGACUGAUAGACAAAGUCAACGAGCUGAAGCUGGACGACAACGAGGCGCUCAUCGAGAAGCUGAAGCAUGGUCAGUUUACAUUGCGAGACAUGUAUGAACAGUUUCAGAAUAUCAUGAAAAUGGGCCCAUUCAGUCAGAUCUUGGGGAUGAUUCCAGGUUUUGGAACAGAUUUUAUGAGCAAAGGAAAUGAACAGGAGUCAAUGGCAAGGCUCAAGAAGCUGAUGACAAUAAUGGAUAGUAUGAAUGAUCAAGAACUGGACAGCACAGACGGCGCCAAGGUCUUUAGUAAGCAGCCAGGCAGGAUCCAGAGAGUCGCCCGGGGCUCAGGUGUGUCCACAAGAGAUGUGCAGGAACUUCUGACGCAGUACACCAAGUUUGCGCAGAUGGUCAAGAAGAUGGGAGGCAUCAAAGGACUUUUCAAAGGGGGUGAUAUGUCUAAGAAUGUGAGUCAGUCACAGAUGGCAAAAUUGAAUCAACAAAUGGCCAAAAUGAUGGAUCCCCGAGUUCUUCAUCACAUGGUGUGUGACUUUCUUGGAGAGAAGAUUGCAUCUGUUUUGGGCAUCAGCACCCCCAAAUACCAAUAUGCCAUUGAUGAGUAUUACCGGAUGAAGAAGGAGGAGGAGGAGGAGGAGGAAGAAAAUAGGAUGUCUGAAGAAGCAGAAAGACAGUACCAGCAGAACAAGAUGCAGGCUGAUUGCACUGUACAGACAGAUCAACCGGAGACGGUGGUGGCCAGCUCGUUUGUGAACAUCAACUUUGAAAUGGAGGAGGGCUGUGGAGGACUCCAGGAGAGCAAAGAGCAGACGGCCUCUGUCCCACCGUAGAACGAAAGGACUGUGUAGAGAGUGCCACCCUAAAGCUCAAUCAGGAACUCUUGACAUCUUGUUUAGUGGGGCUUGAAACAACUAUUUAUAUUUUAAAUUAUUAGGGGAAAUCUUUCUUCGUUCUUAUGCUUUGUCUAUCACAGUCAGAUCUGAAGUUGGGAUGUUUUUAUUAUGAGUUAAAUUAGCCCUGCACCCUCCCCCUUCUUUCACAUACACUGACCAGUGCUAAGCCCAGUGCUUUGGUAAGACAUCAUUUAGCAUGGCAGGAUCACACACACCUUUGAUCCUAGCACACAGAGGCAGGGGCUGGUGGUUCUGUGUGAGUUCAAGGCCCACCUGGUCAACAUAAUGAGCUCCAGCCUAGCCCAUGAGACCCUGUCUCAAAAAAAACCAAAAAAUAAAGGUGUUCCACAUUAAAAGGGGAGUUAAUUUGUUCCUUGAGAUUUCUGGUUUUGGGGCAUUUGUUUAAAAAAAAGGGUAAGUAUUGACUAAUUGUCUUUGGAGCUAAUAAUCCUAACAGCCUCAGACUAAAGUGCCCUACAUUGCCUCAUGCAAUCCUUCCUUGCAUUUAACAUACCUGCCCAUUAAUUUCCCACUAGGAUGGUUCAGAGUGUGCGAUAAGGGAGCAAGAUGGAGGCACUGGAUUUCCUUUGUUGAGACGGUUUUAUGGGAAGUGUUGAAUGUGCUACUCUGAAUCUUAAGAUGGGUUUCAUUUUCACCACAAGCCACUCUUGUAUUUUUCAGUAGUUAAUAACUUGCUCUGGUCACAGAGUAGCACUAGUUACCGAGUGAAUUGUAGUUCCCUCAGGUGUUGGGCCCUCGUGACCCCCACGUGGCUGGCACCUUGGGUGUGACUCACUCAGUCCUCUGCAUCAGGCAGGGUCGCUGGGGAUGAACCGCUCCGUCUACUUUUGUUCACCGUUCUGAAGUCACGGUGGUAAGCUGGGCAGUUGACGCGAACCAGGUUUGGUCCUCUCUCUACUAGGUUAUUCCUUUACAAAGUUGUGUAAUAUGAAGCAAAUUUUGAGAAAUAUUCCUACAUAUGUGUUCAGAACCUUUUAUAUGUAUAACUCUGAUUUAUAACCAAAUGUGGAUAAAGAGAAAUGUGGACAAUGUU